GGAAUUUCUAGACCGGUAUCUCAACUCACCGUGAAGGGAACACGACAAAUCUCAUAGCAUAAAAACCCCUUUAUGGCUCUAUUAUUCUCCCUACCUUUUCAAUUUCCGCACACACUCUCUCAUCUCUCCCUACAUCGAUCACCACUUCGUUUUCGCUUUCUCGCUCUGUGAUCGGAAUCAUCGGAUUUGAGCUAUGGGAAAAAGGAAGGCGAAAACAAAACCUCCUCCAAAGAAACGAAUGGAUAAGCUUGACACCGUCUUUAGCUGUCCUUUCUGCAAUCACGGUUCCAGUGUUGAGUGUCGCAUUGAUAUGAAGAACUUGAUAGGGGAAGCUUCUUGCGGGAUAUGUCAGGAGAGCUUUAGCACUACCAUCACAGCUUUAUCUGAGGCAAUAGACAUAUACAGUGAAUGGAUUGAUGAAUGUGAACGGGUGAACACUGUUGACGAUGACGGUACUUAGUGAUUGAAAGGAUCCACUUAUAGUGAUAGUAAAUCGAUAAGUGUCCAACUUUAUAAUAUCUCCACCCUGUAGUUAUGUCCAUUUCUGUUGUGAGCAUUAGUGCUACUAUGAACUUUAGUUUGCAUGUGAACUCUUGACAUAUUGUAAUGAUUGUACACAAGAACAUGAAAAUAAUUGUCUGUUUAGGGUGAAGCCACUUUGAUGGAUAGCAUAUGUAACCUAUAUUGUAUUUUUUUUUGUUGCAGUAUGUGGUAUUAGCUGAAAGCAGUUUUUUUACUUA